AUGAUUAUCAAUGGCAAAUUCACCGAUAGUACCCUGCCGCCAGGAACCACCUCAUUGGAUGCUAUCUUCAUCUCUCCACCAUUUUCACCUGCAUAUGCGACUCAACUAACCCAACCACUCUACCAUCCCGCAUCCACACUAUCCACCCAACUCCGCAGAAUCCACACCCGAUCUUUUUUCCCAAACCAAACUUCGAGCACAGUCACCGCACCCCAAGAGACUCUAGACACAACAACCAGAAUCACGUUGUACACCCUAUUUUUCAUCAUAUCAAGCUGCGCGCUCUUCUCGCUCUGCUACUUCCUCAACCAUAUUUGCAAACUGCACAUAACCAAGCUUCAACAGCGAUAUAACUACGAAGCAUACGGCGAAUUUGAAGGCUUGAUAACGCGAAGAAUUUUCUUUCGUUAUCGCACGUUUGAUGCGGAGGAAAAUGGUCGUCCGGUUUCGUCAACUAGGAGUACCGAGAAUUGGGAAGCUACUAAUCCGGUCAAUGAUACCAGGGUGACCAAAGCUAUUAAUGCUGUCAAUACUACUAAAGCUGUCAGCGCGAUCAAUGCGAUCAAGGCUGCGAAAGUUGCCGAAGCUACCAAGGCUGUCAAAGCAGCCAAAGCAGGUAAGGCUAUCCAAACUGCCAAAACGACCGAUGGCCAUCCCAGCGAGCCCGAAUGGGAAAGCGCCCACUCCUCCCACCUAACCACACCCAACCGUCGCGGAGUAGUAUGGGCUGACCUCCCACGACCCAAUCGUCGUCUACCCACAUCCAAACAACCGGCAGCAGGCGGCAUAAAAUUCGCAGCACCCCCCCCUCGACCCCCUCGCGCAAACCAGGCCAGGCAUGCAAACCCGCCCAAAAGACUCCACAGCCCCCCUCUCCCCCCCGAUUUCCUGACCAUCACCAACGCAACCACUGCACCGAUGGCAAUACCAGGGCAGGAGGCCUCCUCGUGGACAGUCGGGAUACCGUGGGUAACGACGACAGAUCAGGCGCAUAUUGGGGAUGAGGGGAAGAAGGAUAGGGAGCGGGAUGCGGAGGAUGAGGGGUGGGGAGAGAUUGAUAGGAUUAUUGGGAAGGAGCGGGAUUGGUAUGCGGAUGAUAAGAAGGUUUUGGAUGAGGCGAGGAGGAGAGAUAUGGAGAGGGAAAGGGAGAGUGGAUUCGUCCAAUCUUGA